AUGCGAGGAUGUGUGGACGACAAGUUGGGUGGAUACCACCAUGUCGGAACAGAGCUUUGGUUUCCGCAUGGUGACUACCUGAAUGGCGUGAUGUGUCUGUACAGGGAGUGUGUUGGAGUUCCGGCUGGAGAAGAUCUGAGCUGUGCAGAUGGGCUGUACUUUCCGCAAGACGCCGAUGUGCUGGACCACCAUGGCUAUUUCAAAGUGUUGGAUAAUGGCUUUUGUGGCACCGGCAACAGCACGGGCACAAUGCACGACGUGAUCCUUGUUUGA